CAGUGUUAUACCGCCAUGCGUUGUAUUAGGACCACACUAUAUUCUUCAGCUCGAGUAUAAUAAAUGCGUUGCUAGUCGUAGUAGUUUGUUUUCUUAUGACAUGUGCAUGACCUGCUAAAUCACUGUUUCAUAUUUUGUAUUGAUAAUUAGACUACGGAUUUAUUUGAAAUACUUGAAACAAAUGAGAAAUGUCUUUUAUUAGGACACUUUGGAAAUGUACAUUUAGCCCGAGGCUUUUCAAAGUUUAUGAAAUAACAUGGAUUGGUCGUUUAGUGGAUGUUAUAUUUUCUUUAAUUUAUUUCAGAAAUCGUAUGAACCUAACAGCCUAGAACGAUGGGGUGAUCAAAUUGUAAUUUGUUUUGCAGCAAUUUGGUCAAUUAGCUUGUACACUAUACCAUUAGUUGCUAUUUUUUUCUAUCAGCGUAAUGGUUCUUUGUCUGAUAAUAUUUACUCUUUGAGUAAAUUGGUAGCUGGUGCUGGUGCAAUUUUUAUUGCAUCGCUGGUUGCACGUAGUUGCUCAAGAGCUAAUAAUCCAGUGUAUUUAAAAUUUCUAAAAACAUUAGAUGAUGCUAAUGCACAUUAUAACGCGGAAACGAAACAGGAACUUCAGAAAUAUGAUUUUGAAUUUUGGGCAUUACCUGUAGAUUUUAAUGUCACUGAUGUAACGGGAGAUAAACCAGAAGACAAAUUGACAUUAGAAAAAAUUGCAAUUUCUAGUGGACGAAUAAAGAAGCAAAGUGGUAAAGAACUUGUAUUUACAUUGCCAUGUAAAUUAUUAUCUUACGUAGUAGCUCAUACAUUUGGUAUCAAAAUGAUAUAUCCUGGAAGUGUAUCAGUGAUCAAUUGGGCAUUUCGCUCUACACUUUUAAAAGGAAGGAUGGAUUUAAUAAAACGAGGUGGAGAAAGGUACAAAUUGUUAACUGCAGAUAAUAAUGAAAUUGAUGCUAUGUUCAUUGAUCAACGUAACAAAACUUCAAAUGGAAAUAUAUUAGUUAUUACAUGUGAAGGAAACUGUGGGUUUUAUGAAAGUGGUAUUAUAUCAACUCCAUUGAAUAAAGGAUAUUCCAUAUUAGGUUGGAACCACCCAGGCUUUGGUAGCAGCACUGGUGCCCCGUAUCCUCUGCAAGAAGAGAAUGCUAUUGAUUGCGUAAUGCGCUUUGCAAUCGAUCGCUUAAAAUUUCCGGAGGAUCAAAUAAUUCUCUAUGGUUGGAGUAUCGGUGGAUAUCCUGCAACUUGGGCUGCUAUGAAUUAUCCUUCUAUUCAAAGUCUAGUGUUAGACGCUACAUUCGAUGAUAUACUUCCGUUAGCGAUUAUGACGAUGUCCUCGUCUCUAGAAGGUUUGGUACGAAACAUUAUAAGAGAUUAUUUCAAUUUGAAUAUAGCAGAACAAUUGAAUAGGUAUAAUGGAACAGUAUUGCUUAUACGAAGAACAGAUGACGAAGUAGUAUGUACGCCUAGUAACACUUUAUCAGGAAAUCGAGGUAACAUGUUACUUACAAAACUUUUGAUACGUCGUUAUCCACUUCUUUUCUCGGAAACCUCAGAAUGUGCUGCACUUUUAGUAAAAUUCCUGUCGGUGGAUGUUGCCACAAGAAAAUCAAUACUUGAAACAGUAAAUGUUGACGAAAAACAAUGUUUAGACAUAAUUGGAAAAGAUAUCGAAAAAAAUGGUGGUGUAGUAAGCUAUCCCUCUACACUUGGACAAAAUUGUGACUCUAAAACGAAACAACAGCUCGUCCUGUUUCUCGCAACAAUGUAUAUGAAAGAUCAGCCAUCAUCACACUGUACUCCAUUAGCAGUGGACUUGUUUCAUCCUGGUUGGGAUCCUGCAUCUGCAAUGUCCAUAAAACAGUGAAAGUUCCGCGCUAUUAUAAUUGAUUAAUUAUUAGAACCUUUAUUCAAAGUUUUUAUUUUUACAGUAGCAGGAAUGAGGGUUAUUUAUUCUACAUGAAUUUCUAUCUAUUUUUCAUAUUCCACAUUGCUAAAACUACUAAAUUCAAUUGCAUUGCAAUUUUAUGACCGUUAUUAAAGUUCUAGUCUAAUUUGAUUUUUGAAUA